AUGACGCAAAUGAGAAGCAAAGACAUUCUUCCUAGCUUACUUGAUGCGCUGCCAUCUGCGAGGAUCUCCGACGAUGUCGACCUUGCGUCCAUCGCCAGUCCCUUCGCCGACUGUCUUGCGCGCUUGUCUGCAUCCGAUUUCGCCGAGGUCGCUAUCUGGAGAGAUUGCUUCGCACUGACUGGGACUCUGAGAACGUUCUAUUCUGCUUGGACAGUUUCCGAGGUCUAUCGCAAUCGGUGUUUGGUGCGACAAGCCCGGUCAUUUGACCUACAACCUGAGGAAGCACGUGUUGUGCGUAUUAGCCCAUCGUGUAGCUGGAUUGAUGUUCCUUUCCGGUUCGAGACCAAUGCCAGUCCUGCUGCACGUUGCUCUGGAGUCCUCUCCUUGAUCCCAUCCGGCGAAAAUGGUGAGUGGACGAUCUGGAUGCUGCAGACUGUGCUGGACCAAUUCGAGGGGUACCCCAGUGUCGACACGCUUGAUCCGACGACUCAAAGCCCCUCUGUGGGUGAUUCCACAACUCACUUUGACUGUCUAAUCGUCGGGGCUGGCCAUUCCGGCCUCAACACUGCCGGUCGACUGAAAGCACUAGGAGUGUCCUAUCUCGUCAUAGACAAAAAUCCACGAGUGGGCGACAACUGGCGUCAUCGAUACGAUUCCGCAAAGUUACACACGAUCCGAGACUAUUCCCAUCUGCCUUUUGAGCGCAACCUUGCCCAUGUCAACCAUGAGUGGCUGACCAAGGAUGAUCUCGCGGAAGGGUUCGCCGCAUGGGCAGACAGUGAGCUACAAUCCGGUACGUGGGACAACUCGCGCACAGAAUGGACCUUGAAAGUCAGACAGACCAUAGCAGGUUCCGAAAUGAUCAAGACCCUUACGUGCCGACAUGUGGUGCUAGCGACUGGUGGAGCAUGCAAUAAGCCACAGAAGCCUUUCUAUCCUGGGGAGGAUAGAUUCAGGGGAGUCAUCCAGCAUUCGAUGAGCUAUCGUAACGCAUGGGACUGGACAGGUCAACGAGGGGUCGUGGUUGGAACAGCCAACACGGCAAUUCUGAAUGACCAUACACUACUCGAGACAUCCUAUCGCACACUCUUCGCCGGGCCAUUGGCAGUAAGCCGCCUCGUGACCAUGGCUGCCUUGAACACCCAAGCAGAGGCUGAGCCAGAGCGAUUCGCCGCACUGGAGCGAGUCGGCUUCAGGACGGAACGUUACGGAGACCUCAUUUCCCUUCUCAGUGAGCGCUUCGGGGGUCAUUACAUGGAUAUUGGGGCUUCCGCCAAGAUAGCGCAGGGCUUGAUCAAGGUCAAGUCUGACAGCCAGCUCAUAUCGUACACUGAAGACGGUCUCGUGUUUGAGGAUGGGACUCAUUUGCCAGCCAAUGUGAUUCUCUAUGCCACCGGAUUUACAGGAAACCUCCAGGACUCAGUACAGGAAUUCUUUGGCGAGGAGAUCCAUGCGCAGGUGGAGGAUUAUUAG